GGUGUGCCGGAGAAGGUCGAUUGUGGGGUGGACCCGCCUCAUGCUCAUUUCGCGCCUGAUGCACCUAGUUGGUGCGGGCCGGUGCUCGCUGGAGCGGAAGAGCAGCUCGGUGUGCGCGCAGAAAAUGGCCGUCUCGUGCCUCGGUCUCAGUGAGGCGGCGAGAACGGCGGGUGGUCGGGGGAGCUGGGGCACCCACAGGGGCAAAUACAGCUAAAUAGCAAUGUGGGAGCGGGCUUCCAUUCCGGGGAGCGCGCGUGUAGGCGCUGGGGGAAAAGGCCAGCACCAUGUGCGUGGGCUGCCUCAUGUUGGCAGUGAGGGCACGACGAUGAUACGCCUCCCUUGCCCCCAUACCUCCUCGAUCUGCCUCCGCUGCUGGCCGUCUCGCCCGCUUAUCCGCGCUUGGGAGCGUGCUCCGACAGCGAGGUGCGUUGUCGAGGACGGGAGGACAUCCUGGACAACAUCGGUUGCAGGACUGCUCACAACGACAAGCCCCUGGAGAGAGACUGCUCUCCUCUCUCCCUUUCCGCUUACGACCACCAGUCACGACACUCUAACGAACGACCCGCUCCACGAUGGGCCUCUUGGAUCGUCUGAGAGGGAAGCUCGACAUCGUUUCGACUCCGACCGCACCCAAGAUCGGCAGGAUACCUCUCCCCGAGGUAGAUUCACCUGCCCCCGUGAAGCUCACCCUCAAUGUGGCGGCGAGCUACGUGGACGACGGCUCGUCGUCGUCCAGCAGCGGCCACACGCCCUCGCCGGGGACGCCCGUCAAGCGGCGCCGCAUCCCGUCCCUCCUCUCCCGAUCGUCCACGCCCACGGUCGUCGCGUCGUCCCCGCCGCCCAAGCCUCCCAAGACCCCGUCCUGCACGGCGCCCCAGGCACCCGAGCUCGUCGCGCCGACGCCACGAUGGAAGACCGCGCCGUCGCUGAUGGAGCAGGGCUGGAAGAACGUCGCCUCGCCUGAGCCCGCGCCGAAGCCGGCGCGGCCAGCACGGACGAGGGCGGCCUCGAUGGACGUCGUCGUGCCUCCGCCGCACCGCCCGUCCCCCUCGGAACAACGGACGGCGGCCGCGAAGGACAAACCUCGGGCGAUGACGCCACAGGUGGGGCAGCACCAGCAGCGGCCGAGGCCUCCUUCCACUUCGCACAGGCCGGAGCGAACGGACUCCCCAAUGAAGACGGGCCACGCACCAUCAUCCAAGCCCCGCCGGGCGUCUGCUUCCCAGGCGCGAGCAGACACCCCGCCGUGCGUGGUGCCGCCACGAGAGCCCGCAGGAGAGCCCCAGACGCCGCGCGUCCGGUCGGCGUCGCGGGCGACGGACAGGGCAGGCGCGACCGCGACCGCGAAGCGGGCGCCGCCGCCACCGAAGAAGGGCAUUUUGAAGCCGACAGGCCCGACGCCCGUGGACACCUCGCUGCUGGCCCCGAGCGAGCUGCCGUCGCAGCCGCCGACGCCGGUGCCGCUGCCCACGGCGGCGCCGUUCGGGCUGCACUGGCAGCUGCUGCCGCCUCGCGCGGCGCCUGGGCGGUACGUGCGGUUCGACGCGGGGCUGCCGGUGUACCUGAUCAAGCGGCACACGGGCGGGGGCGCGGCUGCGGGGACGGAGAUGCUGGAGCGCGACUUUUGCAAGGCGGCGGUGGAGGGCGUGCGGCUGACGCGGAUGACGCUGCGGUGCGCGCAGCUGCGGCACUGGCCGGACAUCGUCGUGUGGAACCCGAAGGGCGUCACGUGUGGAGACGUGUUCGACGCGGUGUACGACAUGCUGCACACGCCGCUGACGGAGCGCGAGUGCGCGCGGCUGCUCGAGGGCGAGGAGACGCGGCGGCGGGUGGUGGAGGCGUUCGCGCAGCGCUGCCGGGACGCGCCGCUCCUGGACGAGUACGUGCGGCAGCAGGGCCUGCGGCGCAUCGACGUGCUCGAGGGCAAGCGGGUCUUUGCCGGCAUGCAGCUCGUCUCGGGCGACAGGUGCGACCUGUGGCAGAUGAGCUUUGAGAGCCCCGCAUGAGCCUGUGCCACCGCUUGCUCGACGCAAACUGUAAAGGGGGCCGUGCCGUGCGUCUGCUGCGUCUGUUAUGGUCAGUGCUGGGGCAUGUCGGCGCGGUUACGUCUGUCGGCUCACCGUGAUGGCCAGUGUAGGGCAGGAUCCCUGCUCGCUCGCUCGCUCGCUCUCUGGGUUUGUUGCCUCGCCGUCAUGGCUGGAGGCACCCCCACUACUUUCUGCUGUCACCUUGACCCGCGCAUAUAUGCUCUCCAUUUUUUUUGUUUUUGUUUUUGUUUUUCGCUUUCGGUGUUGCUACACUUCAUGGACUCUCUCCCACUCACACACUCUCGGAUGCACACGUCAUCGUCCCCAUACUUGCAUUGUCUCCUUCUCUCUGUCUGUGAACCCCACGCUAGCCCUCAUCAUUUGCACCCUGCUCAGCCCCCC